GUCCAACACCUUUUGGGUCAGUUCACCCAACAUCUUGAGAAGGGAGAAAGCCACCAGGGACCAGCUGUACUUGGGAUUGCUAUGGUAGCAAUGGCUGAAGAAUUGGGUAUUGAAAUGGCUAUUCGCUCGUUAGAGCAUCUUUUGCAGUAUGGGGAGCAGAAUAUCAGAAGGGCAGUUCCUUUGGCUCUUGGUCUCCUCUGUAUAUCGAACCCUAAGGUCAAUGUUAUGGACACAUUAAGCAGACUUAGUCAUGACACUGAUACUGAAGUAGCAAUGGCUGCUGUCAUCUCCUUGGGGUUGAUUGGUGCCGGAACCAACAAUGCUAGAAUAGCUGGCAUGCUUCGCAACCUGUCAAGUUACUACUAUAAAGAAGCUAGCCUCCUUUUCUGUGUUCGAAUCGCUCAAGGUCUUGUACAUAUGGGGAAAGGCUUGAUGACUCUUGGACCAUACCAUUCGGAGCGCUUCUUGCUAUCCCCGUAAGUGUGUUUAUUAUGAGAAAUUGGGCUCUCCAUAGGAACUUUUUAAUUCUAGGACUAGAAAAAUUCACAAU